UGUCAACAGCCAUCUGUCUCGUGCUGAGAAGAGGUAUCCGAAUUAGUUGGCCUUCUUCGCCGCAGCCAUGAAGUGGUUUCGCCGAAAGAACGAGCAAUCUUGGGAGGUUGUAGGUUGCGAGUGUAUCGAUCCUGUACCAAUGAUCGAUGACGACGAUGAACUUGAUAUCCUGCGUGUCAGAGAUACGGCCACGUGUGGAACGUACAUCUUUGACCUCGGGAAGCGUUCUCCCCAAGGCUCCGAUUAUGCCAAUGCAGUGCUUUUCGCCAGACAACAGUUAAUACAAGAGAUCGUAAAGAACAAUUACAACGUCUUACUGUUGGAAAGCUGGACGCUAAUUCUUUAUCGCAAGGGAAGGUCGCAUCGUAUAGAGGUGCAAUAUGCGGGGCGACCGGCAUACGUGUCUGGUAAAGCGCCACCUUUUCGCCCUCCCCCGUUCAUGGCCGUCUUGGAGUCGCAGCAUCUUUUUUCGUAAUUUAUUGACCACAAUUGUAUCUGCCGCCGAGAGUCCAGGCCAUCAUCUCCCAUCGUGUAUUUCUUUCUUGCCUCAUGUUGUCCUACCACAUCCUUGACAUCCCAAUUCGUACAUCCUUGCUCUACACGCCUGCCGGUUGUAAGGAACAUGAUGCACCAAAUUCAGAAAUGAAGGCCUUCGCAAGAUGUGACGAUCCCAAGGGACCAAGGGGUAUCAUUGAUUCAUCGUGUAUUACCUGAAGGAAUUUGCAAAUGUAAACUUUUAAUUUUGGUGGCCC